AUGUCUGUAGUGGAUCUGCUUACUGAGGGAGCCGUCUUGCGUCGCCAUGCCUUGCAACGGAUGAAAGGGCUCACUUCGGAGCAGGAUUACAAGGCGUUGAAGGAUGAGACGGCCGAGGAAGUGGCUGCGGGCUUCCUCUCGGGGCCAUACCACUCGGAGCAAGAGGUCAGCAACAUCUUGAAGACAGAGGGAUGGUCGCUCUCGCCACGUUUGCUUCUGAGGCAGGGCGAGGACUCCAAAAUCAGGAUCAUCGACGACUUCAAGAUGUCGGCAGUGAACAACCGCACCCGGGUCAGGGUUCCCUUGCUAGAUGGCUCGGUGCUCGAGGGGGAAUGGGACUCUCAGAUGCUGCACCAGCCGGCCCUGCUGGGGAAGACGCUGGACCUGAGCAAGGCUUACCGGCAGCUGGGCAUACAUCCCGCUACUGGCGAGCACGCCGUGCUUGGGUUCCCAAGCCCUAAGGGUGACUGGGAAUUCUACUUGGCGAGGAGCCUCCCGUUCGGAGCGGCAGCCAGUGUGUACGGAUUCAACAAAGUGGCGCUGGCGAUCCUUCACAUCAUGAUUGUCAAGUUCGGAGCUAUCGCCACGGACUUUUACGAUGACUACACUCUCUACGAGUUCCGCCCCGCCGCGAACCUGCUUGACAAGAUCCUGAUGAGGUUGCUGGAUUUGCUGGGGUGGGCUUACGCUAAGUCCGGACGGAAGUUUGUGCCUUUCGACGAGCGGGUGGUUUCUCUGGGGGUUUCGUUGAAUCUCGAUGAGAUCUGGAGUGGCGCGCUCAAGGUCGAAAACAAGGCCGGGCGUCUCGAGAAGAUUGCUUCGCUUCUCCGUCAGAUUGCCGAAGGCGGGGCCGUAACACGUUCCGAUGUUGCUUCGCUGCAUGGGCUUAUCAACUUUGCGGGCGGACUGAUCAUGGGUUUCGAGCUGAAGCCUACUUCGAGGAUGCUCUCAAGGGCCCUGUCUGGUCCUUUCCUUGGCAACACGGCUGAGCUGACGCAGGCCUGCGCGCUGGCGCUUGAUGUCAUCGCGCAGUGUAGACCGAAGCGGUGCCCGGCAUCGAUCCUGCCGCCCAUUGUUCUCUACACUGACGGUGCCUUUGAAAAGAACCGGGUGUGUCAGCAGCUGAUGGACCACUGGUCUAGGGAAGCCGGAUCGCAGGUGAUCUGUCAGAUAGAGGCGUAUGCCUUGGCCAUUACCCUUUUCGGUGUCCGAGGUCUCCUGAAAGGCUGCUCGGUUCUGGCAUGGAUCGACAACAACGCUUGCUUGUACGGCUUUGUGAAGCGCUAUUCGCCCUCAACUUCACUGAUGCGGCUCAUCUCCUUAGAAGCCUUGAUGGAAAGUUCGAUGGAGGCCCUCUUGUGGUUUGAAAGGGUCCCAUCGAAGAGCAAUCCGGCGGACCUCCCGUCGCGGGGCUUGAUGGACGAGACCUGUCGCCGCUUCGGUGUGACAAACAAGGGCGAUGUAGCAGUCACUUCGACGAUGAUGAAUUUCAUUGUCGCUCAGCAUUACGAGCCGCGGUUCGCUCGGGCGAUUCUUGUUGCAUCGCCUCCUUUAGCCAUCACCCUGGUGCAAAUACCCCCGUUGCAGGAGGAGGUGAGGAAAACAGUCGAGCGUCCGAGCGAAGCCAUUGUAAUGAGUUCGAACCCUUUGUUCCGGAACAUUUCAAAAACCUAUGCUCAGUCUGGACACAUUUUUUGA